AUAUUUUCCAUUCAUUUUAAUUAAAAGUGAUUUGAGAGACGGGUACAAAACAUGUUUAUACAGUGUGUUCACACGUUAAGUAAAUAUCAUGUGUACCGCUUCUUUCGCGCUACCGCACCAGUGCGCAUGGUGCAUAGGUGGUAUCCGGAUAAAGAAUUCAUAAGUCAGUUCGCUGGAGUCGCGUACCAAACUUCUGAAGAAAUAGAAAAAUACUUCAAAGUAACAUACUCAGGCAAAGUCAGACCGGUGGAAAGAACAGUGAAAAACAUGAUUAUAAACUUCGGCCCCCAACACCCGGCAGCUCACGGAGUACUUCGGCUCAUAUUGGAGCUAGACGGAGAGACGGUCGUUCGAGCUGAUCCUCACAUUGGUUUUUUGCACAGGGCUACCGAGAAGCUCAUGGAGAACAAGCAUUACCUUCAGAGCUUGCCCUUUAUGGACCGUCUCGAUUACGUGUCUCCUCUUGCGAACGAGCAGGCGUUCGUGAUUGCAGUGGAGAAGCUACUGAAUAUUCAAGUUCCCCCGCGAGCACAAGCCAUACGCGUCCUCUGUGCUGAACUUUGCCGUAUAGCAAAUCAUCUUUUGAACAUUUCUGGAACCAUCCUCGACGCGGGAGGCAUAACGCCGUUCUUCUGGAUGUGCGAGGAACGAGAAAAAAUUUAUGAGCUAUGCGAAAGAAUGAGCGGUGCUCGGAUACAUAGCGCGUACAUAAGACCUGGUGGUGUUUCACAGGAUUUACCCAUAGGUUUCCUCGAUGAUCUGCACGAGUUCUGUUCUAAAUUAGCCGAAAGAUGCGACGAAACCGAAGAUUUAGCAACUGAGAAUAGACUAUAUUAUCAGCGAACAGCGGGCAUAGGUGCUGUGACCGCUCACGAGGCAAUAAACAGAGGGUUCUCAGGGCCUAUGCUACGGUGCACGGGUGUAAAAUGGGAUUUACGUAUCGCUCACCCGUACGAUGGCUACGAUAUGUACGAUUUCGACGUCCCCGUAGGCACGUUUGGAGAUAGCUACGAUCGCCAUCUUCUUCGACUGAUGGAAUUACGUCAGUCGCUAAGAAUCAUCAACCAAGUUAUAGAUACCAUCCCGGAAGGUGAAAUUAAGACUGACGACGCUAAAAUAUCGAUGCCUCCGCGAUCCGAAAUGAAGACAUCCAUGGAAGCUUUGAUUCAUCAUUUUAAAUUGUGUUCGGAAGGGUUUGUGGUACCUCCUGGUGCGACGUAUACGGCAGUGGAGUGCCCGAAAGGCGAACUGGGUAUUUACAUGGUGUCCGAUGGUACAUCCAAACCGUAUCGCGUCCACCUUCGACCAUGUUCCUACAACCACUUACAAGGGAUAGCAUUUCUGGGACCAAAGCUUAUGUUAGCUGACAUAUCAAUACUUAUUGCAACUAUAGAUGUAGUGUUUGGCGAUGUUGACCGUUAAAUAAAUUAUAUUAAAAGA